GUUCGGGGCUCGGGGCGCGCAGGCGCCGCGGGCGUGGGGCCGCGCAGGCGCGGACGGCGUUGGUCCGAAGAAGACCUUCAGCGGUGCCCUGGCGGAGCGGACAGGCCCCUCCUAGCGGAGCGGACAGGGCCCUCCGGUCGGAGAUAUGUGUAACACACCGACUUACUGUGACCUAGGAAAGGCUGCCAAAGAUGUCUUCAACAAAGGAUAUGGAUUUGGCAUGGUCAAAAUAGAUCUGAGAACCAAGUCAUGCAGUGGAGUGGAAUUUUCUACUUCUGGUCAUGCUUACACUGAUACAGGGAAAGCAUCAGGCAACCUAGAGACCAAAUACAAGAUCUGUAACUAUGGACUGACCUUCACCCAGAAGUGGAACACAGACAAUACUCUUGGGACAGAAAUCUCUUGGGAGAAUAAGUUGGCUGAAGGGUUGAAACUGACUCUUGAUACCAUAUUUGUACCAAACACAGGAAAGAAGAGUGGGAAAUUGAAGGCCUCAUAUAAACGAGAUUGUUUCAGUCUUGGCAGUAAUGUUGAUAUAGAUUUUUCAGGACCAACCAUCUAUGGCUGGGCUGUGUUGGCCUUUGAAGGUUGGCUUGCUGGCUAUCAGAUGAGUUUUGACACAGCCAAAUCCAAACUGUCACAGAAUAAUUUCGCCCUGGGUUACAAGGCCGCAGACUUCCAGCUGCACACUCAUGUGAAUGAUGGCACCGAGUUUGGAGGCUCGAUCUACCAGAAGGUGAAUGAGAAGAUUGAAACGUCGAUAAACCUCGCGUGGACAGCCGGCAGUAACAACACUCGCUUCGGCAUUGCUGCUAAGUACAAGCUGGACUGCAGAACUUCUCUCUCUGCUAAAGUAAACAAUGCCAGCCUGAUUGGACUGGGUUACACUCAGACCCUUCGACCAGGAGUGAAACUGACCCUGUCAGCUCUAAUUGAUGGAAAGAACUUCAAUGCAGGAGGGCACAAGGUCGGUCUGGGAUUUGAACUAGAAGCUUAAUGUGGUUUUGAAUAAAGCAUCAGCUUUGUCCCUGGAGGUGAAGAGAAAUGAACCCACUAUGUUUUGGCCUUAAAAUUCUUCUGUGAAAUUUCAAAAGUGUGAACUUUUUAUUCUUCCAAAGAAUUGUACUCCUCCCCACACUGAAGCUUAGGUACCGAGUCCACCCUAAGGGAGGUGCUUGAAGGCAUGCCCGGAAGUUGUCACGUUCGUGCCACAUUUCAGUUCAGUUCUGCAGUGUUAUUUUCAAUGUGUUCCUCAGCGACGGUGUAGGGUCAUGUUCAGAGGAGACGACCCGCCCCUCCAGUUGUCCAUCGCGUCCUGCAUGUCCCACACCACUGUUCAUGACCUUGUAAUAUAUUGGUCUCUGUACGGUAGUAGAAUCUUUGGUUUCGCAUCAGAGUAAAAUAAACCCAUCACAUUUGGAACAUAAA